AUCGACAAAUUCUAAAAAAUGGGCCACUUCAUCGCCACGCACGCGAACACCACUACCGAAGAAACAGCUCGCAUGUUCUUCCACCGAGUCGCUUACCUCCAUGGGAUCCCCAGGACUUUGGAUAAUGACAGAGAUCCGAAGUUUACUAGGAAGUUCUGGAAGGAACUCAUGCGACUUCUUGGAACCCGUCUGGCAAUGUCAUCCGCCUACCAUCCACAGACUGAUGGGCAGACAGAACCACUGAACCAGAUCGUGGAACAGUUGCUGAGGGUUGCUUGCAAGGACGAAACAAGCAAGUGGGACCAGCAGUUACCUCUAUUGGAAUUCUCCUACAAUAAUGCUACCCACUCUGCUACGAGACAGACACCGUUCUUCCUUUGCUACGGAUGGCAUCCCCUCACUCCACAGUUGCUUCUUGUUCCUGCUCAACUGCAGCAGCAGCACAUGCCGCAGCAGCAGCCGCCGCCACCAUCGCCGCCGCAACCGCAGAGACACUGAUCACAACACUGGUCGGCCACUAAG